CGAUCUGGAGGUAGCAGCUCAUGAAACCGUGGAAUCGGACUGCCCGAUACUGGUAGGGUCCGGCGAUAUGAACGAGAGAGUGCGUCGUUUAGAAGAAGCGUUGAAAAAUUUCACAGAUAAACGUUUGUCUGAAUCGAAUCCGAUGGUAGAGUCCGCUGGUGAAAGCGAGAAGCUUGAUUUCGAACCAGCUCAACAUGCCACCCCCACAGAAAGGGGAUGUAAUAUCCGGUGUGAUCUAAUUCCCACGUUUCCGCAAGAUAUUCCGUCGAACAAGCUUUGGGAAAACUGGCAAAGCUUCAUCGAGAAUUUUGAGAUCGCUACGUCUCUGUCUUCGUUCACUGGAUCAGCAGAUCGCGCAAAAUUGUUGUAUUUAUCACUCGGGAAAAAUCUGCAAAACGUAAUUAGUGCAGCAAAUCUGCAGCCGAACUACCGGGACCCGAGAUGCUACUCGGUUCUCGUCGCAGGCGUCAACAAUUAUUUCAAAUCGAUUACCGAUACGGCGGCGGAGCACGAAAGAUUUCAGGCAAUGCACCAGAUGAAAGGAGAGUCCAUUGUAACAUUUCAUGCUAAACUUACCCAAAAGGUUCGGCUCUGCGGUUACAGCCCCGCCGACCAAAGCCGUUUUGUUCUCGCUCAGUUGCUUAAGGGAAUGCAGAAUCGAGAGCUAGCGAUGGCUGCCAGAACAUAUGGGCAUGAUGCAAGUUACAUUGUGCAAGCAGCAACGCGGACGCCGAGUUGGUAAGAUAGCGGUUUUCACAUUGGCGAUCCUGCCAGUUUAGUUCUUGAAAAUUUAAUUUUACCGUGACUGUUUUUCCUUGUUUUGUAAAAGAAUAAAUGUGCUUGGCAUUGGUUUGUGGCUAAACGUACCACAAGGUGUGUCUGGAAGAAUACCGGAUAAUCGAAUGAAACCGUUUUUUUGUUCUUUGUUGUACAUUAAAUGAAAUUGGUUUGUGGCUAAGUGUUCCGCAAGGUGUAUCUGGAAGAACACCUGAAAAACUGUUGUUUGCUGCACAUACAAUAUGCUUGUAUUAGUCUGUUGCUAUUACGAAAAAUGCCGAAAGAUGUACCUGGAAGGACACUGGAAAAACGUUUGAUUGUUGCACAUAGAAUGUGGUUGUAUUAGUUUGUUACCAAACAUGCAACAAGGUGUGUCUGGAAGAACACCAGAUAAUCGAUUGAAACUAUUUCGCCUCUUGGUACAUUUCGUUAUGCGCCUGAAAGGCUUUUACAUUAAUUUGGGGUUAACGAUGCAGAAAUAUGUAUCUGUUAUAUUGUAAAAUUUAAUCGAAACAUAUUUGUGAUAGCAUCGGGUAACCCAUACCAAAAUAUUUGCGAAGGCGCGUAUGAUAAAAUGUGAUGACUCCAAGUUUAUUUGUUUUCAACAGAUUACGCAAAAUGUACAACGGAGGAAAAUAUGUGCUGGCACCGACUGCCGAUGGCUCGGAUCAAAAUUACGUGGGUGAAAAUCAGAGUGAUAUAAGCUCGGUUUGCUCUGUCGAUCUGGAGGUAGCAGCUCAUGAAACCGUGGAAUCGGACUGCCCGAUACUGGUAGGGUCCGGCGAUAUGAACGAGAGAGUGCGUCGUUUAGAAGAAGCGUUGAAAAAUUUCACAGAUAAACGUUUGUCUGAAUCGAAUCCGAUGGUAGAGUCCGCUGGUGAAAGCGAGAAGCUUGAUUUCGAACCAGCUCAACAUGCCAGCCCCACAGAAAGGGGAUGUAAUAUCCGGUGGGAUCUAAUUCCCAAGUUUCCGCAAGAUAUUCCGUCGAACAAGCUUUGGGAAAACUGGCAAAGCUUCAUCGAGAAUUUUGAGAUCGCUACGUCUCUGUCUUCGUUCACUGGAUCAGCAGAUCGCGCAAAAUUGUUGUAUUUAUCACUCGGGAAAAGUCUGCAAAACGUAAUUAGUGCAGCAAAUCUGCAGCCGAACUACCGGGACCCGAGAUGCUACUCGGCUCUCGUCGCAGGCGUCAACAAUUAUUUCAAAUCGAUUACCGAUACGGCGGCGGAGCACGAAAGAUUUCAGGCAAUGCGCCAGAUGAAAGGAGAGUCCAUUGUAACAUUUCAUGCUUAGCUUACCCAAAAGGUUCGGCUCUGCGGUUACAGCCCCGCCGACCAAAGCCGUUUUGUUUUCGCUCAGUUGCUUAAGGUAAUGCAGAAUCGAGAGCUAGCGAUGGCUGCCAGAACAUAUGGGCAUGAUGCAAGUUACAUUGUGCAAGCAGCAACGCAGACGCCGAGUUGAUUACGCAAAAUGUACAACGGAGGAAAAUAUGUGCUGGCACCGACUGCCGAUGGCUCGGAUCAAAAUUACGUGGGUGAAAAUCAGAGUGAUAUAAGCUCGGUUUGCUCUGUCGAUCUGGAGGUAGCAGCUCAUGAAACCGUGGAAUCGGACUGCCCGAUACUGGUAGGGUCCGGCGAUAUGAACGAGAGAGUGCGUCGUUUAGAAGAAGCAUUGAAAAAUUUCACAGAUAAACGUUUGUCUGAAUCGAAUCCGAUGGUAGAGUCCGCUGGUGAAAGCGAGAAGCUUGAUUUCGAACCAGCUCAACAUGCCAGCCCCACAGAAAGGGGAUGUAAUAUCCGGUGGGAUCUAAUUCCCAAGUUUCCGCAAGAUAUUCCGUCGAACAAGCUUUGGGAAAACUGGCAAAGCUUCAUCGAGAAUUUUGAGAUCGCUACGUCUCUGUCUUCGUUCACUGGAUCAGCAGAUCGCGCAAAAUUGUUGUAUUUAUCACUCGGGAAAAGUCUGCAAAACGUAAUUAGUGCAGCAAAUCUGCAGCCGAACUACCGGGACCCGAGAUGCUACUCGGCUCUCGUCGCAGGCGUCAACAAUUAUUUCAAAUCGAUUACCGAUACGGCGGCGGAGCACGAAAGAUUUCAGGCAAUGCGCCAGAUGAAAGGAGAGUCCAUUGUAACAUUUCAUGCUAAGCUUACCCAAAAGGUUCGGCUCUGCGGUUACAGCCCCGCCGACCAAAGCCGUUUUGUUCUCGCUCAGUUGCUUAAGGGAAUGCAGAAUCGAGAGCUAGCGAUGGCUGCCAGAACAUAUGGGCAUGAUGCAAGUUACAUUGUGCAAGCAGCAACGCGGACGCCGAGUUGGGAAGAUAGCGGUUUUCACAUUGGCGAUCCUGCCAGUUUAGUUCUUGAAAAUUUAAUUUGGCGUGACUGUUUUUUCCUUGUUUUGUAAAAGAAUAAAUGUGCUUGGCAUUGGUUUGUGGCUAAACGUACCACAUGGUGUGUCUGGAAGAACACCGGAUAAUCGAA